AUGGAGCCUGCAGCCGAGACCAGCGCUGCAGGAGUUUCAGUCAAAGAUGACCUUUCAGAAAAAUGUCAGAAGUUAUUUCUCGAGUUCUUGGAGGAGUAAGUUGUUUAUAUUUAUUGGACAAGCCCAAUAAUAGUGCUUAAUACCAGUGAUAAUCAAUGUGUAAACUCACCCCUCACUUUUACACACAGGUUUCAGGACACAAACGGGGAGCUUUUGUAUCUACCUGAUGCUGAGGAGCUCAUUCGACCAGAGAGAAACACACUGACUGUGAACUUCACCAACAUUGAGCACUUCAAUCAGCAACUAGCUACCACCAUUCAGGAGGAGUAUUACAGGUAAUUGAAUUGCUAAUUUGGUAGGCCUGCCCAAAAAACUCUCAUUCUAUUUCUCCAUUGAACCAGCAAGUUACAGAACAUUUCAAUUUUGCAGAUAAAUGUGUUGUUUUACAGUGUCAGCCAUAGUAGUGCGUCCCUGGAGUAAAUUAAGGUUAAGUGCCUUGGUCAAGGGCACAGACAGAUUUUUCACCUCGUUGGCUCGGUUAUUCGAACCAGUGACCCUUUCAGUUACUGGCCCAUCGUUUUAACUCCCAGGCUACCUGCUACUUGUCCAUGUUUUGCCAUCCCCAGGGUAUACCCAUUCCUAUGCAGAGCAGUGCGCCACUUUGCAAGAGAUCAUGGGAACAUACCAGCAGCCAAAGAGUUCUAUGUGGCCUUCUCUGACUUUCCAUCAAGACAAAAGUAAUGAUCAAACUACUGAGCCAGAUUUCUCUGACUACAUUACACUUAAAAUGAGAUUAUUACUUACCUUGAGCGUUAAGUUGCUUGUAAUGUCCCUUGGCAGGAUCCGAGAGCUCUCCACGACCCGGAUCGGGUCCCUACUGCGUAUCAGUGGCCAGGUGGUGAGGACACACCCAGUGCACCCGGAGCUGGUCAGUGGUACCUUCCUGUGUCUGGACUGCCAGUCGGUCAUGAAAGAUGUUGAGCAGCAGUUUAAGUACACCCAGCCCAACAUUUGUAAGAACCCAGUCUGUGCCAACCGACGUCACUUCAUGCUGGACCCCAACAAGUCCCGUUUUGUGGACUUUCAGAAGGUAUGAAGAGGUUGGACUGGAUGAGUCCAACAGGCUGGAUUGACCCUCCAGCAGACAAUGAAACCAUAGCAUGAUAUAUCAACUCUCUAACUGUGUAUGCAUGUGUGCGCGUCUGUGUGUUCGUGUUCAUAUAGGUGCGUAUCCAGGAGACCCAGGCGGAGCUGCCUCGUGGCUCCAUCCCCCGCAGUGUGGAGGUGAUCCUGAGGGCAGAGGCUGUGGAGAUGGCUCAGGCAGGGGACCGCUGCGACUUCACCGGCACGUUGAUCGUCGUACCAGACGUCGCUGCGCUGGCUGUGUCAGGUGAGGAACUGCCUUCUACACACCAUGCCUUCUCUUACACACAAGAUGGCCUUCUGAGGGUCAAAGUCAUACAUGAAAAUGUAUGCACUCACUAACUGUAAGUCGCUCUGGAUAAGAGCGUCUGCUAAAUGACUAAAAUGUUAAAAAAAUGUAAAAACCAUUGCGAUGGAGCAUAAUAGUAACAUUCUCCCCUGUACUUUCUCCGUGUUUGCAAUGCAGGCACCAGGGCAGAGACCAGCAGCAGAGUGACUGGGGGGAGGCAGGGCUUUGAUGCAGAUGGGAUCCAGGGACUGAAGGCUCUAGGUGUCAGGGAUCUGUCCUACAGACUGGCCUUCCUAGCCUGCUACGUGGCCCCCACUAACCCUCGGGUUUGUCCAUUAGUUAAACAUUUAUUUAGAUUAAUAUAAACUUUAUUUAACAUGGGAAGAUCCCUCAAGUUUGAAACCUGUAGCGAGGAAGAAGGAUCUAGAGAUUAUGUAUAGUUAUAGAUUAUUUAAAUAGGAAAAACCACUGAACUGUGUUCCUGUGGGUAGUUUGGUGGUAAAGAUCUCCGCCAGGAAGACCAGACUGCAGAGAGUGUGAAGAACCAGAUGACUAUUCAGGAAUGGGAGAAGGUGUUUGAGAUGAGUCAGGACAAGAACCUCUACCAUAACCUCUGCACCAGCCUCUUCCCCACUAUACAUGGUAUGGAGGGAAUAUCUUGUGCUAUUUACUUGGAAAUUGAGUAGAUUUGUCACGUAAAAAACUGUUAAAACAUCUGUUUUGAAAUGCACUGCCGAACCUGAGAAAAUAUUACAGGGAAUAACGAGAUCAAGCGCGGAAUCCUAUUGAUGCUCUUUGGCGGUGUUGGCAAGACUACCAUGGAGGGCACAUCUCUGAGGGGGGAUAUUAACGUUUGCAUCGUUGGGGACCCCAGUACCUCCAAGAGCCAGUUCCUCAAGUAAAUCACCAAGCACUAUCCUAUUUGUAUAACCAACAGAUGUGAUAUUUGAAAUUGAGGAUCAAAUCUGUUUUUUAAAUGUUUUAACAGAAGCAUUUCGAGUUGUUUACUUGUGUUGCACAGGCAGUGUUGCUAGUCUCUGGAGGUCUCAUUAUUCCUCAUAGCAAAGGAGCCUACUACAUGAUGGAAGCAGGAGUGGUGUGGAUGUUUUAUGAGGUGAAAGGUUGGUGUUAACUCUGAUGUGCCCUACCUCAGACACGUGGAGGACUUUGCGCCCAGGGCAGUCUACACUAGUGGGAAGGCCAGCAGCGCAGCCGGGUUGACAGCAGCUGUAGUGAAAGAUGAGGAGUCCCAUGAGUUUGUCAUCGAGGCUGGGGCCCUCAUGUUGGCGGAUAACGUAAGCAUUGUGUUCUAGUACGGGACAAUCAUCUUAUGCUUUUCUGUUUGGUCAUAUGUCCUCUGGGGGGCACUGUGCGAUUUGAUUUUACUCUGCACUGUUCUUUAUCAUCAUCCACAGGGAGUCUGUUGCAUUGAUGAGUUUGACAAGAUGGACUUGAAAGACCAGGUAGCAAUUCACGAGGCCAUGGAACAGCAGACCAUCUCCAUCACUAAGGCUGGAGUGAAGGUAUGCGAUGUGGGAAUAGAGCUGUAGCUGUACACACGCACACCCUCUGUCACACACACAAUUUAAUUCAGCAAUAGUUGUUAUUACUACUCAGUGCAGAGGGAGUAUCAAUGGUUUGAGUUGUGAUCCGUUUGACUGUAUUGUGUUAAGGCCACUCUGAAUGCUCGCACCUCCAUCCUGGCAGCUGCCAACCCCAUCGACGGGAGAUACAACCGCUCUAAGUCUCUGAAACAGAACGUCAACAUGUCAGCACCCAUCAUGUCCAGAUUUGACCUCUUCUUCAUUCUGAUUGAUGAGUGCAAUGAGGUAAGAGCAAAACCUUGGAAAACGAAAGUGGAAGGGGGAAAAGGUAAGGAACUUGUCUGUCGGCCCUGCAUUAAAGAUCAUAAUUGGUUAAAGAAAAUUGUGAUAAAUAAAAAAGUAUACCAGUUUCAUUUAAGGACCAAAGGAUUGACAGCCGUCCCAUACAGAUUGCAAAAUAGUUCGGAAGAGAUUUUUGACGUACCGAUUCCAUGGCACAUGGUUUAUGAACUGAUACGCAAAACGACGGCGGAUUCAAAACUUAGAAUUUUUCAAUUUAAAUUAUUAUACAACAUUUUUGCAACCAAUAGAAUGUUAUUUAUAUGGGGAAUAGUCUUCCCAGCUCUGCAGAUUUUGCUGCGAAGAGACAAUAAUUAGAUCAUUUGUUUUGGUGCUGUCCAUUUGUAGCUUGUUUUUGGUCACAGGUCCAGGAAUGGCUGAAUAAUUGCAAUAUUUACCUGGAGCUAACCCUGCAGAUAGCACUACUGGGUGAUCUGAAAAGUCAUAGUCAAUCGAUCAAUAAUAUAAUACUUUUAGCAAAAAUGUUUAUUUUCAAUUUACAAUCUGUAGAAACAAUGAGAAUAGAAGGGUCAUAACUUUUGUGAAACAGUACAGUUGAAAAAUAUAUAGCAAAUAGAAAUCCAAUAUGGAUGGUGUUAAGAGAUAGAUGGGAGGGGUUGACUGGAGCUGAAGGUUGGGACUAAUAACAAAUAACAAGAUAACUAAUGUAAAACAUACUGUGUCCAUAAUACGUAUAUAGGUUAAGAACUUUAGUUUUUAUUAUUUUCUAUAUUGUAGAAUAAUAGUGAAGACAUCAAAACAAUGAAAUAACACAUUGAGAGAAUGAUGAGUGUGCAAAGCUGUCAUCAAGGCAAAGGGUGGCUAUUUGAAGAAUCUCAAAUAUAAAAUGUAUUUUGAUUUGUUUAACACUUUUUUUGUUUUGUUUACUACAUGAUUCCAUAUGUGCUAUUUCAUAGUUUUGAUGUCUUCACUAUUAUUCUACAAUGUAAAAAGAAAGACCCUUGAAUGAGUAGGUGGGUUUAAACUUUUGACUGGUAGUGUGUGUGUGUGUAUUUGCAAAAAAAUAUAUAUGGGGGAUUGGAAGUGAUGCAGACAAUUACAUUGAUGGAAGUUACAAUCUAUCUGCAAUAUUAAAGCUGAUCUACCCCAUAAUAUGUUAUUUUAUUUUUUAUAGUGAAACCUUCCCCUAACUACUUCAUAUAAUAUAAGCCCAUAUUGAAUGGAAAUGUGCGUUUUGGAAACUUGACACAUUUAGCAUUUUCACUUUUGUUUCUUGUGGUCUAGGUGACAGAUUAUGCCAUAGCCAGACGUAUCGUAGACCUGCACUUUAGAAACAUGGAGUCUGUGGAGCGAGUUUACGCCACUGAUGAGAUCCAGAGAUACAUACUGUUUGCUCGACAGUUUAAACCAAAGGUAAUAAUUGCCCUUGUUGCAUUGGUAUUCCUCAUGUGUUGGGCUGUUUAGAUGCAGCGUUCAGUAAGACAUACCUACCGUUGCAUGCUUUCUGUCCCCUGUCGUUGGUGUGGUGCACUUUGACCCCAGAUCACGGCAGAGUCGAAGGAGUUUGUGGUGGACCAGUACAAGCGUCUGCGUCAGCGGGACAGCAGUGGCAGCACCAAGUCAGCCUGGCGUAUCACUGUCAGGCAGCUAGAGAGUAUGCUCCGACUGUCUGAGGGCAUGGCCAGGCUCUACUGCUCCGAUGAGGUUGGUCAGACACCUACUACUGAAGGAUACACCACCAUAUGUAUAGGCCCCUAUACAUUGUAGGGUAAAAAAGUCUGUCUUCAUUACUUGUUAAAAGCUAAUAAUUAUGGUUGUUUAUGUAACAGAGGUGGUUCAGUCAUUUUGCUCAUGUAAUGAAUAAACUUGCCUGAUUUCUGAGGAGUUGCAUUGAUGGUACAACACACAUCUUAACCCUUUGUUUUGACUUAUUUAAAGGUGCAUCCCAAACACGUUAAGGAGGCCUUCCGACUAUUGAAUAAGUCUGUCAUCAGCGUCGACUCCCCAGACAUCAACUUCGACCAGGAACAAGACAACAAUGGGGAAAUGAAUGGUAAGAAACGGUCACUUUCACCUUUGCAAUAAUAUAUUGAUUGAAAGUGAUACAUGUACAUGUCAGAAAUUGCUACGCUCUGUUCUCCAGAUCAGAAUGACAUGAUGGGCACUAAUACAGAGGAGGCUAUGGAAACAGAGCAUGGGGCAGGCAGACCUAAGAAGACCAGCACUGCGAAGCCUGCCCUCAAGAUGACCUUUGCUGAGUACAGAAGGGUCUCCAACCUCAUUGUUUUGCACAUGCAGAAGAUGGAAGAUAGUAAGAGCUUAAAGGGGCCAUCUACAGUUGAAACGAUAACAAAGCCUCACCCUUCCAGUGUUUUCGCAAAAAGCUGAGGGAUGGGGCUGGAGAAAUGUAACCCCUCUCAAAUUCAUAGAAAGAGCUAUGGAUGCAACCAAGAUUAAGAAGAAAUUAUAUAUAGCUAGAAAAAUAUAUAGAUUUAACCAUGUUUUGAGGCUAUACAGUGUUUGUUUACUCCAAUAUAUUACAAAUAUUGGAGUUAAACAAGCUUAUAUUUUGGGUUCUGAUGCGGUGACAGCUGAACUAAGCUCAUGAGGUAUUUAGAAGUUAUAUUCUUCAAUAAUCAAUGGGUGUAUAUAUCAUUUAUGUAAAUAAAUAGAUGUAGCAACUGCAGAUUGUCCCUUUAAACAAACUGAAAUGAUCCUUUCCUAAAUGUAUGAAUUUUUUAGAUAUAAUGAAUUCAAAGCAUACUAGUUUUGUCAGUGUUUAACAAAAUGUUUCAUUCUUACAGCUGACGAGGAGUCCUCACUGAAGAAAAGCGAGCUGAUUAACUGGUACCUGAAAGAGCUGGAGAGUGAGAUUGAGUCAGAAGCUGAGCUGGUUGCCAAGAAUAAUCUUAUAGAGAAAGUGCUUCACAGACUAAUCCAUUAUGUAAGUUAAAGCAUUGGAAAACAAGACACACUAAGACCAUAAACUACAAUGUACAGAAGAACAUUUAUGAUUUUCAUCUGUACACAAAGCAGUGCGUGCUUUUUGUAAAAUUGGUGAGUGACAUGCUCUGUAUUGUGUUCAUUUCAGGACCACAUUAUCAUAGAGUUAACAAAGACUGGGCUGAAGAAAGUUGGUGAUGAGGGAGAGGAACCUGUGAUCGAAGAGGACCCCUUCUUAGUGGUCAACCCCAAUUACAUCUUGGAAGAUUAG